AUGAAGAACCAGGUUGAUAAAAAAAGAUCUGAUCGUGUCUUUCAGGUUGGUGAUUACGUGUUCCUGAAACUUCAGCCAUAUAUACAAUCUUCAGUGGCUCCGCGAGCGCAUCAUAAGUUGUUGUUCAAGUAUUAUGGCCCAUUUCAAGUUCUGGAGCGCAUUGGCGAUGUUGCCUACCGGCUCCUACUGCCUCCAGGUUCACGCAUCCAUCCUGUAAUUCAUGUUUCCCAGUUGAAGAAAGCUUUGGGAGAACAGUAUAAGGUGGAAGCCGAGCUACCUCCUGCCAGUGCUGCUCUUGCUGUUCCUGUGAAAGUGUUGCAGCGCCGUUUUCGUCAGGAAGGCCAUUCUGCUGUACCGCAAGGGCUGAUACAGUGGUCAGGGCAAUCCGAAGAUUUGGCAACCUGGGAGGACCUCGACGAACUAAAGCAACGGUUUCCACGAGCAACAGCUUGGGGACAAGCUGUACUUCAAGGGAGGGGGAAUGUUAGCAACCGGUCCAUCAAGUCCACUGCAAAGGACGACACAAGCCAAGUCAGGAACGACCACGUCAACCAUUCGAGCUUUGUCGCUGACAGUGGACCAAGCAAGAGGAUUCGACGCCCGUCCACUCGCUACGCAGGCAAGGAGUGGGCCACAUGCUCUGUUAAAUAG